AAAUCAUCGAAAAUGUCCAACAUUUGCAUUCUGUGUAUGAAAACAGUUCUCAAGUAUUCAGUCUCCAAGAUGUCUGUACACGUAUUUCCAUCGUGUCCGAAAAAACGGCAGAUCUGGCUCAACCGGUGUAAAUUAGCCAAUGAAGAAGUCUUACCAAACCGUAAAAUAUGUUCAUUUCAUUUUGAGCCAACAUGCUUCAAAACUGGUUUAAAAAGGCGUUUACUUUAUCGUGAUGCUGUACCAACAAUUUUCGGAAAAGCUCAUGUUAAAACGAUAAAUCCGCCAUUAAAAAACCUGAAAGGAAAACCAAAAAAUGUAAUCAAGGACAGGAUUGCCGUUCAGCAUCUUCAGUUACAUCGUAUUUCACCAACUAAAGCUAUUAAAAAAGGGAUUACCCGUCAGCAUCUUGAGCAUUGUGAUAUUCCUUUAACAAGAUCUGCUAAAAAAAUGUUAGCUGAUAAGAAUCGUCAAUCUCAAGAUGUUUCAUUAACAAGAGCUCUGAAUAAAGAGAUUUUUGGUCAUAAUCGGGAGUCUUGUGAUUUAUCAUUAACAGGAGCUGCUAAAAAAUUGAUUGCCUGUAAGAAUCAUCAGUCUCGUGAUAUUUUACAGGUAAAAACUGUUAAAAAAAGGAUUGCCAGUCAGAAUACUCGGCCUCGUAAUAUUUCACAAGCAAUAACUGCUAAGAAAGUGAUUUCCAGUCAAAAUAGUCAGUCCCAUGAUAUUUCACCGAUAAAAACUGUUAAAAAAGAGAUUGCCAGUCAGAAUACUCGGUCUCGUAAUAUUUCACAGACAAUAACUGUUAAGAAAAAAAUUUCCAGUCGGAAUAGUCAGUCUCAUGAUAUUUCACCGAUAAAAACUGUUAAAAAAGAGAUUGCCAGUCAGAAUACUCGGUCUCGUAAUAUUCCACAAACAAUAACUGCUAAGAAAGUGAUUUCCAGUCGGAAUAGUCUGUCUCAUGAUAUUUUACCGACAAAAACUGUUAAAAAAGAGAUUGCCGGUCCGAAUACUCGGUCUCGUAAUAUUUCACAGACAAUAACUGCUAAGAAAGUAAUUUCCAGUCGGAAUAGUCAGUCUUGUGAUAUUAAACCGACAAAAGGUAUUAAAAAAAUUAUUUCAGGUCAGAAUAAUGUGUCUUAUGGUCAUUUGCCAACAAGAGUAUUUGAACUAGAAGUAUUUCAACGUUCAAUGAGUAUUGUAACAAAUCAAAAAAGAGAACUUGAUCGGCAAAAUGAAACUAUCGCGAUGCUAGAAAAGAAAAAGUUAUCACUUAUAUUACAAUUGGAAAUUGCAAGGAAUAAAAUCUUAUUGGCUAAUAUUGCAAAGUGAUUUGUACCCGUUAGUUAGAGCCCUUAAAACAAUCUAUAUCUAUAAUUAAGAAACAGUAAAAGCUGCUUUUUAUUAAUUCUACUCUAAGUGAUGAAUAUUUUAUAAUACAAGACAUAAUAUUGUAUUUUAUUUAAUUGUUAUGGAAAAAAAUAUAAAUAUUUUGAAUAAUAGAUAUAAAUAUUAGAUAAUAUCGUGUUGCUUUUAGUUUGACAUCCAAAUAUUGUAAGGCCAGUUUUAUUUGGAUGUAAACAAAUGUUUUGAGACUUCAAAAUAUUAGUUCAGUAAAAUUAAAUAAUUAUUGUAUAUUAUAAAAUUGAAGUUUUACCUAGUUCAAUUUUUUUUUCAAUUUUUCAAAGAAAAUGGUCUGUUAGUUUUGUUAAUAUUAAAUAUAAAAACAAAUUAUUUAAUGAUUAAUAUUAUUUGUUUAAUAUUUAAUACCAUUAAGAAAAAUAGUAUUAUAAAUUGAGAAAAAUGUUGAAUAACCUUGAAAUUAUUUACCCCUUACUCAAUCAUAAAUAAUGUGAAAAUUGGUAUUUAGAUUAUGCACUAAACCAGCUCAAUGUUAACUUCAAUGUCACAAUAACUCUUGACAAUUUUUUUUUCAAUUU